UAGUGUAGUGCGGACGUCAUAUCGGACGCUAGACGACCGAUUUACGUUUCAAGACACUCCAACUUACAAGACGGAAACACCAGUGGCCUGUAAAAUCAGCAAUAGUUGGAUUUUCUUUAUAUGUAGUUAUCACAGAACUUUCAAUAAAAGACUGGGAAGCAUUUGAAAAAAAAAUAGUGUAAUAUGAAGACUACAACGAAUAAUGUAAUGUGAAAAUAAUUUCAUCUUGAACUGCAAGAGACAAAACCACCUUUAUUAAUCCCCGCUCCACUAAAAAGGACGUCAUCCAAGAAGAAUCCCUUUUCCCGUCCCCUUCGGCAACUAAGGAUGUCUCUCCGUCUCUUCGUCUUAACGGAAAGUGACUGGAAACUUGGAGAAUAGUAUUCAUGCAGUGACCCCGGGACGUCUGCAAAAGUCAUUCAACAUGGCGCGAAUCGAGCCUAUGGAAUCGGUGGGUGAAAUGAGCCCUAUCCCCAAGUGGAUCCUAGUCAAGGCUCACGACUUCUGGAACCGUCAGGACGUCAGGAAGGACAAGAAGAUACCCAUGCAGCAGGUGAAGGAGUCCCUGCUGAUGACGGACGAGUCCAACAGGAUACCCAACGCCCUGGUCAUCGAGUUGCUCCGGAAGGCGGACGAGAACGAGGACGGGUAUCUGGAUUACGACGAGUACAUGAAGUUCGCAGAAGCUGCGUCGACACGUUCCAGAGGACGAGAUACGUUCAGCAGAGCUGCGAUGACAAUAAUCCCUAGAAAUGAGAGAACGGUCGAGAAGAGGACCUACUUUCAGAAUUACUCCUGUUGCCCGCCUCCUUUCUUCAUGGUCCUCGCGACCUUUGUAGAGACGGGCGUCUUCGUCUACUACAUGGUUGACAUGGGAGAGAAAAUGGAGGCUGCUGGACCAGCUCCUAUCUAUUCACCUCUUAUCUACAACCCAAAAAGACGUUAUGAAUGCUGGAGGUACCUAUCGUAUGCCUUGAUCCAUUCUGGGUACAUGCACCUCAUCAACAACCUCGUGGUCCAGUUUGUCCUGGGCAUCAUCUUGGAGGUGGUGCACGGCUGGUGGAGGAUUGGUACCAUCUACCUGUCAGGUGUGCUGUUCGGCGCCUUGGCCCAGUCCAUCUCGGACCCUGAUUCGUACCUGGCCGGAGCGUCUGCGGGCGUCUUCUCCGUGGAAUACGCCCACUUGGGGAACAUGCUGAUGAACUGGUCCCAGAUGGAAUUCCGGUGGCUUCAGCUGGUGGUCAUCAUCGUGCUGAGCUUCAGCGACGUGGGUUUCGCCGUGUGGGACAUUUACUUCAAUGGGAAUAAGACAAAGACCGGUCACGCGGCACAUCUGGGUGGUGCCAUCGCUGGUAUGACCGUUGGGACUUACAUCCUUAGGAAUUUCGAGAAGAGGAAGUGGGAGAAGUACUGCUGGUGGGCCUCGCUGUUGGUCUACCUCGUCCUCAUCGCCGUCGGCAUCAUCCUCAGCGCGACACUGCCCGUCCCUGGGUAUUUCCCCUCCAACGACAAUGCCCCGAUCUGGAAUGCCAGGACGUAUUUCUUCGAGGAGAAAAAUAGAACACACUGAAGUGUUAUGUCAAAUGGAAAGAAUAAGAAAUCGGAAAAAAGAACUAAACUUUAAGAGAAGGAAUAAGUGUGAUGAAUUGUGUUCAGAAGUACAGAGCAAAAAGAAUA